AUGGAAGAACCAGAAGAUAUAUCAAACAUGGAUGGGGAACCAUUCAAUAUGGAGGCUUGUCGAAUAUGUUUGGCAACCGAUGUGAAGAUGUACAGCCUUAGUGAUCCAUACUUGGCAGGGUGCAUAAAAGAAAUAGGAUUAAACAAUGAAUCACCGCAAUGGAUGCCAAAAUUCAUCUGCUAUGAAUGUCGCCCGACUUUGAUAAAAUGCAAUAAACUCAUUGAGAAUAGCAAAGUGGUUCAAGAUAUCCUAAGUGGAUUACACAGCAACUCUCAAGUGAUAACUAAAGAGACAAUAAGAGAACAGCAAGGGCUCCACAUAAACCUCCAAUCUUCCCUCAAAUUUUCUUUCUUACAACGUCAAUUGUACAUUACACAUGAUGACGCUAACAGUGCAUCGAAUGAUGAUACUACUUCUGUUCCAAAACUACCAUUGAGAAGGGUACGUCGUGACUCAAGGCAAAUAAGCGCGAAUGAGAUCCUGGCUCAGUACGUUCCAAUGCGUCUGGUUUCACCUAUAAUUGAUUCGGGAUCCACGAGUCCACCAGAGUCCCAGGAUGGUCAAACUUUGCCUGAAGAAAUAGCUGAUGAUAAAGAAAAUGAUGAGGCGGGUUUUGAGGAUGAAUGGCCUUUCGAGGAAAUAUAUUCAGACGAAGAGGAAACUGCUGAUGAUCCGAAACCUGACUCUAAUGCUGAUGAUGGCUUAAUGUAUUUUGAUGUCAAUACGAAAGCUCGUCGUUCAAAGUCGUUCGUGGCUGACCAGAGCUCGCCAAUAUACGCAAAGAAACGGAUGGCACUCUCAGACAUACAGAUACCUAAAUCUAGAAAGAAGAAGAAGAAGAAACAUAAGUCGAGGGAGGAAAAAGAAGAUGAAGAUUGUGUAAAACGAACAUUCCGCAUUGAAAGAGUGAAAACAAAAGGCCGAACUGAAAAGAAGUAUACCUGCAAAUAUUGUACCAAAACAUACAGUUACGGUGAUGAAGCAAAGGACCACUACCUUCUCGGUUGUCCACAACGCCACAGUCCUAGGUCAUCGACUCCGAGCUCCGGUGUGAGGACUUGGCAAGACUGGACGGGAAGCUCCUAG